AUGGUUAUAUGGGUACUAGGUCAAGUUUUCGGCCAAGUUUUUGGUUUAGGUAUUGCGCAUCCCACUGUUUCGUUGAUUUUUAAGAAAAUGCUUCCAAUAUUGGAAUCCACUCUGUGCAGUGUCUGGAUCAAAACAAACAUAAUUGAAGAGCAGAAACGAACAACGAAAAGGAAAUUUUUCACCAGAUCAGGAAUUCCAAAUGUGGUUGGUUGCGUUGAUGGAACCCAUGUUGCAAUUAUUGCUCCAUGUGAGAACAAGCAUUUAUAUAUGAAUAGAAAAGGAUUUUACAGCAUAAAUGCGAUGAUUGCGUGCGAUCAGGAUAUGGUUAUAAGGUGUGUUGAUGCGAGAUAUGGAGGAUCUAGCCACGACUCAUUUGUGUGGAACAAUAGCGCAUUAAAAACAUAUCUGGAGCAAACGUACCAAAGAGGAGAUCACAAUUCGGUUUACUUAGGUGAUUCUGGUUAUCCACUACACGAGUAUCUAUGAAACGCUUUGGCAGGAACAGUGGAAUAAAAUUUUAAUAAGAAACAUGCAAAGGCAAGCAACGUAGUUGAAAGGACGAUUGGAGUGCUGAAAUGCCGUUUUCGAUGUAUACUAGGUGAACGUAAACUACGAUAUCCUCCUAGUCAAGCAACUAUUAUUGUAAAUGUUUGUUGUGCUUUACACAAUAUUUGCAAACAAUAUAAUGUGAAUGAUCCUGAAGAAGAAACUUUUAUUGAUGUGGUAGUACCACUGGAACCAGUUGAAGGAAACUUCCAUGCAACAGCAGCAGAUCAUCGCCGAAGACAAAUUGCGAAUGCAUUGGCAUAG